GAUAGCUACGUGGGAGAUGAGGCACAGAGCAAGCGCGGUGUGCUGACCUUGAAAUACCCAAUUGAGCACGGCAUUGUCACCAAUUGGGAUGACAUGGAGAAGAUUUGGCAUCACACCUUCUACAACGAGCUCCGUGUGGCACCUGAAGAGCACCCGGUUCUGCUCACAGAAGCACCAUUGAACCCCAAGGCCAACCGCGAGCGCAUGACACAAAUCAUGUUCGAGACCUUCAACGUCCCGGCCAUGUAUGUUGCCAUCCAGGCAGUUCUGUCCCUCUAUGCCUCUGGCCGAACCACUGGAAUUGUGAUGGACAGCGGUGAUGGGGUGAGCCAUACUGUCCCAAUCUAUGAGGGCUAUGCUUUGCCCCACGCGAUCUUGCGCCUGGACCUGGCGGGCCGUGACCUGACAGAGUACAUGAUGAAGAUCCUCACCGAGUCUCAGCCGAUGUUGGAGCGUGGUUACUCCUUCACCACGACGGCAGAGCGUGAGAUCGUGCGCGAUGUCAAGGACAACCC